UAAAAGUGAGUCAUGUGACUCAUUUAUGUAUAAUAUUUGUGAGUCAGGCGAAACUUGACUCACUAACAAAAUUAAAUGAGUCUUAGUUGACUCAUCUGUAAUUAACAAGUGAGUCAAUAACGAAAUGACUCACUUGCAGAAUGCUCCGACUGACUCACAUAGUUGUAAAAAAUGAGUCAAGAUCGGCGAUUGACUCAUUUACAAAAAAAAAUGAGUCAAGAAUAAAGCCGUGCGCGCAUGCGCUACUUGCACGCUAUGACGUCAACCAUCGCGCGAACAUUCCCGUUUGACGUCGCCAUUGCUGAAUUGGAUCAAGAGAAUACUGGCUACUGGAAGAAGUCACUACGCAACAGAUUCAGGAAUUGCAGGAAAUGUCAUGAACGUGAUAAUCCAUUAGGACAAAUGGAAGCAAAGAAAGGGGACUACACCCAAACCAGACAAAGCUGCAGGCAAACACAUGUAUGGCAUAAAGAAAGUACCUUCCUGCAUCCCCAGAAAGUGAGGAUGAAGAAACGAUCAAUGCUCACAUCAAGAUGCUUCAGAAUGAAUCCAGAAAAACAAGACAGGACAGCUUGAUGAUA